GAGAAUAUAUACUGUGAAUAAAUACCGUAUCCAAGUUGUAUCAAAAUGGCGACGUCAGACGAUUCCAGGGAAGUGUUUCAAAGAAAAGUUCAGGCUAGAAUCGCUGGACAGUUUCUGAAGCAAAUUGACCCAGAUGCACUCGAGGACCCUGACCGAUACAGUGGUAACAAUGUUGGCAAACUCUCCAGUCAGAUUGACCCAGCGACUCAGAAGAAAUUUGAGGCGAAGUUUGGCAAAUACCGUCGGAAGGAUUCUGUAUUUAGCAUCAUGAAUAUACUCUGGUUGAUGGCUGGCGUGGCAGUGUUUUACUUCUCAGAAAUUGUCCUGGUAAUCAGAUACGACCCUCGUGUUGACAGAUUAUGGUUCAACAUCGGCUCCGUGUUGAUGGGGAUCAACAUCUGCAUUGCCAUGUUCCUGGUUGUCUACCUGUCCUACAUCAAGAAGAUCAGCGCCGACGACUGGGAACGACACUACCCCGCACUCAUCCCCAUCGCCACGGCAGCGUUUAUAUUUGGUGGCAUCUGUCUGUCGGUGGGGCUGUGGCCGGUGUGGGGUCUCCUGACAGUCCCGAUCCUCUUCACCAUGUUCAUGAGCUUUGUCGUCUUCAUUGCGAUGUUUGGAUGAAAGGUGGCAUGCUGCAUCAGUGGAUGCGACGUUGUUGGCUGUGUGUGUUAAUGGCAGCAAUACAGACCCAGUCCAUUGGGGGCAUGUGUAAUUGGCAAGCAAUCAGAGCAGGCAGAGUUUGGAAGUCACCAGGGCUCGAGGAGCUGGCAAGACUCGUAUGGUAAUGACAGUUGACAGUGCAGGUGACACACAUCAAGUGGCCUCACUUGGGAUGCACAACAGCUCCUCGGAUGGACAUUGCUGACAUUAAUAUUCAGAAACCGACAACUGGUGCAGGAGGACGACAUAUUGAUGCACGGCUUGUUUUGUAUCUGUACCCUUGGAAGCUCUUUCAGAUGUCCAAUACUGAACACAGCAUAUCUAUUUUAUAUUUUAUCUACCAAGGCAAUAUGGAUAGUGAAUGAUGAUGAUUUUUUGAUGAUAAUGAAAAUGCUUGGUUUUUUUUGCAUGGAUGAGGUUAUGGCUAAAGAAAGUACAUUGGUGAUUUGGGCAUGGAUGUGGUUAUGGCUAGAGAAGUGCAUGAGUUAUUUUUUGGCAUGGAUGAGGUUAUGGCUAAAGAAGUGCAUGAGUUAUUUUUGGGCAUGGAUGAGGUAUAAUGGCUAAAGAAAGUGCAUGAGUUAUUUUUGGGCAUGGAUGGGGUUAUGGCUAAAGAAAUUGCAUGAGUUAUUUUUGGGCAUGGAAGAGGUUAUGGCUAAAGAAGUGCAUGACUUAUUUUUGGGCAUGGAAGAGGUUAUGGCUAAAGAAAUUGCAUGAGUUAUUUUUGGGAAGGAUGGGGUUAUGGCUAAAGAAAGAGCAUGAGUUAUUUUUGGGAAGGAUGGGGUUAUGGCUAAAGAAAGUGCAUGAGUUAUUUUUGAGCAUGGAAGAGGUUGUGGCUUAAGAAAGUACAUGGGUGAUAUCAACAGUGAUUUGUUCUUGAAUCAAGUGAAGGAUAUCAAUUCUCCUGUGGAUGGUCAGUCAGAAAUUUGCGGCGUUAUUUCUUUCUCACAUGUGUGUUAAAGUAUUGUCAGGUUACUUUAUAACCAGGGGAAGGAUGGGGAUUAGAGUUCAAGAGUGGGUUAUGAUGGAAUAAACUGGGACCAACUUAAGGUCUUGUGUUUUUAUGUUUAAAAUGUUGGUCCUAUCCUUUACGGUUCAUUGUGAGUCAAUGCAUGAUGGGAAACCGCUUGUGAUUGUGAGAGUUUUAUUAAUAUAUGUGUCAUAAUAUCUGGGUUAUAUGCCCUCUGUUUUCUAAUCCUGUUUCCAUAAAGGAUGGAAUAAAUGCAUGAUUUUUAUUUAUUAUGACAUGAACCCCUUGAUAUGGUAAUGUUUCUUUUAUGUUUAUGUGCUUGUUGUAACUUUCAUGGAAUAAAAUAUUCUUUAACAUUUAAA